UCCUUCGUAGCAGUGCCAGCAACAUUUCUUCAAACAGGACUCGCACAGCAGGCAUCCAAACAGCAUCCUUGGCAGGACUCGAAUCCGCCAAUAAACAGUAUGAAACAGGACUCAGCGCUGACGGCACGCGUUUCGCUUUGAUAGAACGAGAAGAAGAGGAGCCACCGAGCCACCAAAAGAUUACAGAAAGCCAAGUUAGGAGGGAAAGUCAAGUCGUCAAAUAAAAAAAUAAAUAAAAAAUAAAAAUAAAAAAAAUCGCAUCGCAAAAAAAAAAACGCGCUAAAGUCGCCAGUUGUCGCCGUCGGUGUGUUUGUUGUUCGUUUCUUGGCCAUAAUUAUUGUUAUUUUUUUUUGUUUUUUUUUCUGGUCGUAGCCGCCGUCGUCGUUGUUGUCGCAGUCGCGUUUGUUGUUGUCCCGCCAACGUUGUCCGCCCGACCGCUCCGCCCCCCCGUCGCCCGCCCGCUCGUCUGUCUGUCUGGCUGCUCCUGUCGGCGUGUCCUGGUGUGUGUUGUUGUGUCUGUGUCGCUCAUGUGACCGCCUAAAAGUAAAAAUAAAAGAAUAAAAGGAGAAAAUGUGCUGGUGAACCGAAACCCGAAAGAGAAACUCAAAAAAAAAAAGGAAAAUUAAAUAAAAAUAAAGGGAAAAGUAAAAGAAAAUUUUAAGAAAAUCGAAAAACAAAAAUAAGGAAAGGAAUUUCCUGUCUGACGUCCUGAGGACGGCCACGUCUACAAGUGUGUGUGUGUGGCAAGUGUGUGCGUGUGUGUGUCUCUGUGUGCAACAACAACAACAACAAGAUAAGACACACAACUUAGAAUCUGAAUUAGAAAAUCGGACGAAUUAAGAAAUAAUAUAUAUAUUUUGUGGCAAAAGUUAAAAAAUAAAACAAAAAACAAACAAAGAGACAUGAUGACAGAGACCUAUUUGUCUCUCAGUCUUUAACAAGCUUUGAAAAAGAAAAUCCACAAACAGAUGGCGGGGAAAAAGGAAAAUUGAAACAAUGUAAAGGCAAGAGAACAAGAAAAGGACAACAAGGAUACCAGCAGGAUCAAAACAAAUGCACAACAAAGGAAAUCUUGCCAAAGGAGAAGCCAAGCCAAGGCCACCAAAAAAAUAAAAAUAUAAAUUGCAAGAAUUUUAAUCGAAAACUGCCAGCAAAAAAAAAAUAUAUAUAUAAUAUAUUUAUUUACAAAUAAAUAUAUUAAAGUAUUUCUAUAUAUAUACCUAAAGAGAUAACACCUACAUGCAUACAUAUAUGUCUGAUAUAUAGAAUCAAUUAAAAAAUACAAAAUAUAAUUGACAAUUGGAGUCGAGAAGGGAGAUCCAGAAGCAAUGAGGGCUUAUCCAAUAAUAAAAAAUGUAAAUAAAUGCUGCCAGUUCGAGGACAUCAACAACAACAACAACAGAAGCCAUCAUCAGCAACAACAACAACAAUAUUACAACAACUAAUAAGAAAACAAAACAACUGAAAUGCAUAUAACGCACAACAGCAACAACAACAGAAACAACAACAUCAAUAAAUUAAAUAAGAAAUUUCAAUUAAAAUUUCAAUUUGAAAUUUCCUCAACAGUUGCUGCGCCUGCGUGGAAGAAUCAGGAAAUUAUUUAAAAAAACCAGAAGCUGCCAGGAAACUAAACACAAAAAAAGAGGAGAAAAUUAUUUAACCAUUAAAAAAAAGUAAUAAAUAAUUAAUAAUACAAAAAAAGUAAUAAAUUAAUAAAUAGAAUCCAGCACCACCGCAGCAAAGGCGAAAAAAAGCGUGCAGAGGGAAAUGAGAUGAAGUGGUUUCAAGUGACCAUAGAUAUGAUUCUUGUGCUUUCAUUUAUAUCAAGCAGCACAGCGAAUCCGGAUGCGAAACGAUUGUACGACGAUUUGCUGAGCAACUACAACAAACUGGUCCGGCCGGUGGUUAAUGUUACGGACGCUCUCACCGUUCGCAUCAAGCUGAAGCUAUCCCAGCUGAUCGAUGUCAAUCUGAAGAACCAAAUAAUGACCACCAACCUGUGGGUGGAGCAGUCCUGGUACGACUACAAGCUCAAGUGGGAGCCCAAGGAGUAUGGCGGCGUCGAAAUGCUUCACGUCCCCUCCGAUCACAUAUGGCGUCCGGACAUUGUCCUCUACAACAACGCUGAUGGCAAUUUUGAGGUGACCCUGGCCACCAAGGCCACCUUAAACUACACGGGACGCGUCGAGUGGCGUCCUCCGGCCAUUUACAAAAGCUCCUGCGAGAUCGACGUCGAGUACUUUCCCUUCGACGAGCAGACCUGCGUCAUGAAGUUCGGCAGCUGGACCUACGAUGGCUUUCAGGUGGAUCUGCGGCACAUCGACGAACUGAAUGGCACCAACGUGGUCGAGGUGGGCGUGGAUCUGUCCGAGUUCUACACGUCCGUGGAAUGGGAUAUCCUCGAAGUUCCUGCAGUGCGGAACGAGAAGUUCUAUACGUGCUGCGACGAGCCAUAUCUGGAUAUAACCUUCAACAUAACGAUGCGUCGGAAGACUCUCUUCUACACGGUUAACCUGAUUAUUCCCUGCAUGGGCAUCAGUUUCCUCACCAUCCUCGUGUUCUACCUGCCAUCGGACAGUGGCGAAAAGGUCUCAUUAAGCAUAUCCAUUCUGCUGUCGCUCACUGUGUUCUUCCUGCUUUUGGCGGAAAUCAUUCCGCCCACAUCGCUGGUGGUGCCGCUCUUGGGAAAGUUCGUCCUCUUCACCAUGAUACUGGAUACCUUCAGCAUUUGUGUGACGGUCCUGGUGCUGAACAUCCACUUUCGUUCGCCGCAAACUCACACGAUGGCGCCCUGGGUGCGGACCGUGUUCAUCAACCAGCUGCCCCGCUUUCUCGUCAUGCGGCGUCCCCUCUAUCCGAUCAGCGAAAUGAUCAAAUCCUCGCGCCGACUGAUGGUGCGCACCUGCAACGGACUCGAACUGAGGGAUCAAAUACCACCGCUGCCACCGCCGGUGGCCUUGUCUCGCAUGCACCACAGCCCCAAGACGACCUCGCGCAGCACCUCCCCGCUGGCGCACCGCGUCCAGGCCCUCAACCUGAUGGACGACUGCGGCAUGGGAGGCAUGGGAAUGGGCAUGGGCAUGGGCGGAGGUGGUGGCGGCGGCGGCGGCGGAGUGGGAUGCGGUGCCUCGACCAUAACGGGCCACCUGAGCUCCCUCUACCCGCCGACCAUGUCGACGGUGAACCAGCAGACGUCCACCACCUCGUCGCUGAUCGACGCCCAGUACCACAAUCAGUACCAGCAGACGGGGGGCUCCCUGCUGGACCACCCACUGACGCCCACCAAGUUCCGCCAGACGACCUCCACGUCCAGCCAGACGGGCAACGGCAAUGGGAGCGGCGGUGGAUCGGGUGGUGGGGCCAAUGCCACCACAAACACCUACGGCCACCACCUCUACAGGCAGCAGUCGAGUUGCUCCGCCAACUUCUCGCCCCUGCCCCAGCACGCCCAUCAGUCGCAUGCCAGCACUAUGACCUCUGACCUCGGCAUGGGCGGUGGAGGAGGAGGUGGGUGUGGUGGUGGUGUCUCCAUGGGUAAUCCAAAUGUGAUAAAAUCAACGACAACGGUCAACUCGGUGGCCACCGCCUCGACACUAGCGGACUCCUGCUGCAGCGGCACCAUCCAGAUCCAUCAGGGUAUGGGCGCCGGGGCGGCGUGCCAAUCCUCGGAAUUGUUGCACCACCAGGUGAGUGGUCAGGUCCUAAUGCACCACCACCAUCACCACCAGCAGCAGCAGCAACAACAACAGCGACCCACCACAUCCGCAGCAGCGGCAGCAGCAGCAGCAGCAGCUGUGGCCUCCGGCGGCCCAAGUACUUCUGCCGCCGCAGCAGCUGCAGCAGCGGCAGCGGCGUCCGUCGGCGGAGGAUGUACCCCGCCGCCACCGCCUCCGCCGGCCUGUGAUAUACUGCCCGCCUGUCAGCGGGAGGGCGGGCCGCACUGCUGUUCGGGGCGUGGCAAUGUCCGCCAUCGCUGGCACACCUGCCCGGAGCUCCACAAGGCCAUGGACGGGGUCACCUACAUAGCGGAUCAGACCCGCAAGGAGGAGGAGAGCACAAGGGUGAAAGAGGACUGGAAAUAUGUGGCCAUGGUGCUGGACCGACUGUUCCUGUGGAUCUUCACAAUAGCGGUGGUGGUGGGCACUGCCGGGAUUAUCCUGCAGGCGCCCACGCUCUACGACACCCGGGUGCCCAUCGACAUCAAGCUCUCGGAGAUCGCCUCGACGACGGCCAAGCCGAAUGUGGUGAGGCCGGUGUUGUAAGCCCAAGGAUAUAGGCUCCUUCUACCAUUUAUCCUUUUCUAACCAGUAUCCUUUACCACCCCUCUAUCCCCUCCCUCUCAACAAAAAAUAAUGAAUGAAAUUCGCAUUUGUUUUUCUUAAAAAAAUAUAUAUAAAAAAUAAAAAAUAAAAUAAAUAAAUACAAAAUAUAAAAACCAAAAGCUUGUUCCAAAAAUAACAGAAAAAAUAACCAAAGUGGAAGAGAAUCCAAGUAACUAUAACUAUAAAAAUUGUAUUUGUUGUAUACUAACUAUAAUUAAUUUGUACACUAAUAUUUAAAACAACAAGAAUGCUAAAAAAAAACAGUUUUUUUUUCUAGGCAAAAAUAACAACAAAAAAAAUGCAAAAUAGUAUGCAAAAGAUAAUUAAAAAUACAAUUUAUGGAAAUAAUUACAAAAAAAAAAGGAUAAUUGAAUUAGAGAAAUAAAUUAGCCUAGCCAAAAAAAAAAUACAAAAAAAAUAUAAAUAAAAUAAAAAAAUAUAUAUAUAAAAUAAAAAUAAUUGUAUUUGUUGAACAGGAAUAAAAAAAAGCACAACAUUAGUUAGCUAAGUAAAAAAAAAAUAACUAUAAAAAAAAUACAAAAAAUAUAUAAAUAAAAAAUAAAUAAACAUGAAUAAAAAAGGGGGUAAGCAUGUAUGAGAGUGUGAAUAAAUGUGUGAGAGCCAAUGAGGCGUGCAAAUUAGUGCAACUAAAGGGAGACAGAGAGAGGGCUAGAGUGUGACUGAGAGGCAAGAUCCCCAUCCUAGACACCCCCCCCCCCAUGAAUUUCCCUUCCCCCCCGUCGUAUUUUCGCCUUGGGGCAAUUAGUUAGCACAAAGCUUUAGUUAUUAUGCCCAGGAGUACGUGCAUUUCCACAUGUAUUAGAGUGUGUAUAAGUGUGUGUAUAAGAGUGUGUAUUAGUGUGUGUUUUAGUGUGUAUUUUAGUGUCUUAGUACAUGUUUCUUAGUACAUGUGCUUCGUAAAUAAUCACAAUUUGAAAUUCAAAUUCAAUUUUGUUCCACCCCCCACCCCCCACUCCCCCUCUGCCUAAUUGCCACAAAAACUUGCACCUUCUCUCAUAAUUUAUGCUAAUUUUCAGUUGCAUAAUUCACUAAAAAAAAGGAAGAAAACAAAACAAAACAAUAAAAAAGAAAAGCUUACCUGGAAAAGCCACCUCCUCGUCCUCCUCCUCCUCCUUUUUUUCACUUUUUAUUGCUCGUAAAAUCAAAUGAUGCCUGAUUAGGGGCCGCCAGAAAAAAAAAUAAAGAAGAACGACGGCCAGGGAAUACCCCCAAUAUCCAAAAACCCCCAAAUAUAUUUGCCAUCUCACCAAAAAAAAAAGGACAAACUUUUUUUAAAACGUACUCGGGAGGCCGUUCUAACAGCUCUGUAAGCCGAGGGAAAUUUUAACAGAGCCCAAGCCUCCUAACAGGCGACAAAGGUUUCAGUUUGCUUCUGCUUGGCCUUUGAAAGGGAAAUUUUUUCUUAUUUUUGUUGCAAGUUCAUAUCUUCUUAAAUAAAAAAUUCAAUUAAAAACUAUUGAAAAUUGAGUAUUGAAUUUAAAAUUUUGGAAAGUAUUUCACCAAAUAAGUACUUAAAAACUUUUUUAUUUUAAUCGUUAUAAAAAAAAUUUCGUUUUUUAGUCAAAAUUAAGCAAAAAGACAAAAAAUUUUAAUAUUUGUAAAAGUAUUAUUUUA